AUGCUGACCAUGGAAUCCGACAUGAAGGGGGGCGGCAUCCUGCAUGCCACGAUGCCCCCGCACCACCCGUCGUCACUGCACGGCCACAGCACCUCACCGUACGGUGCGCUCGGAUCGCUCAGCAUGAUGAACCUCGGACAAUCACAGUUCACGUCGCAUCAGACGGGGACCGCUGCGGCGCAACAGCACCACCUGCUGGCCAAUGCCGGAGGUGGUGGCGGAGGCCAUCAGCAGCAGCAACAGCAGCAGCAGCACCAGCAGCACCACCUGACUCAUGCGCUCAGCAGCAACAACAAUAACAACAACAACGGUGGCAGCAACAACAGCAGCGGAUAUGGAAGCCACACGCACGACAGCAGCCCGCUGCAGCAGCCCGUGUCCGGUCUGAGCCCCACCGGGGGCCUGGUGGGCCAGGGCCACUCGCAGCACAGUUCCCCGACCGGGCUGUCCGGUGCCACGAUCCAGCACCACAUAACGGCCAGCGGUGGUGGCCAUCACCAUCAUCACCACCACCACAGUGGCGGGGCCGGUGGACUGUUGGGUGUGAAUCACAACAACAACAACACGAGCAAGGCGGCCCAACAGAACGCGGAUCGCGUGAAGCGGCCGAUGAACGCGUUUAUGGUGUGGUCCCGCGGCCAGCGCCGGAAGAUGGCGUCGGACAAUCCGAAGAUGCACAACUCGGAGAUCUCGAAGCGACUCGGGGCCCAGUGGAAGGACCUGUCCGAGACGGAGAAGCGCCCGUUCAUCGACGAGGCGAAGCGGCUGCGGGCGGUGCACAUGAAGGAGCACCCGGACUACAAGUAUCGGCCGCGCCGGAAGACGAAGACGCUGACGAAGGCGAAGGAAAAGUAUCCGCUCGGUGUCGGCUCGUUGCUGGGCGGAGGCGGCCAGUCGGCGGACGGGUCCGGCGGUGGUGGUGGCAUGCGGACCGGCUCCUCGACGACACUGGCCGCGCAGCAGGCGGCAGCGGCCGCAGCAGCGGCCGCGGCGGCCGCCGCCAACCGUGAUAUGUACCACCAGAUGCCUCCGAAUGGCUACAUGCCGAACGGCUACACGAUGAUGCACGAUCCGUCCUCGGCCGCCGCCUACCAGUCGCAGCAGCACUACAUGAGCAAUUACCACCAUCACCCCCGGUACGAUAUGAGCCAGAUGGCGGCGGCGGCCGCCGCAUCCGGAACGGGCUCGCUCAACAGUUACAUGAACGCCACCGGAUACGGUAGCAUGUACGGUGGUGGUGGAGGCGGUGGCGGCGGUACCGUCACCGGUGGCCAAACGUCCCCGUACGGUGGCAGCGGAGGUCUGCAGCAACCGGGCUCCCCGUACAGCACGACAAUCCAACAGCAGCCCGGUUCCCCGUACGGCCUGAACCACCAGCCCGGAAGUGCGAUGUCCUGCCAAAGCCACAGUCCGAGUGAUUCGAGCGUCAAAUCGGAACCCGUCUCACCGGGCCCGAUCGCGACCGCCACGAACAACAAUCUGACGAUGAAGCGCGAGUACCUGGGCGGCAGCGGGCACCAGCAGGCGGUGGCGGCAGCUGCGGCAGCCGAUCUGAGCCAUCUCAUCAACAUGUACCACGUGCCGGAGAUGCAGCAACCAUCGGACCACCGGAACCAGCUGAUGCAGCACUACCACCAGCAGCACCAGCAGCAGCAGCAGCAGCACAACGCGAGCGUGUCGCCCGAUCUGCAGACCCAGCAUCAGCACCACCAGCAGCUGCAGCAACAGCAGCAACAGCAGCAGCAGGUCCUGCGAGCGAUGGCGCCGAUCUCACACAUGUGA